GCGGCCGAGGCGGCGGCAGUUGCGCGAGCUGGCACUGCGGCUCCCGCAAGGCUCCGGCGGCCUGUUGAGCCUCCCACCCGCCUCCAUAAGGCUUUGCCUUUCCAACUUCAGCUACAGUGUUAGCUAAGUUUGGAAAGAAGAACAAAAGAAGACCCCCGGACCGCUUUCCUUUUGUUGUUUACUGCAGUAGUCUUUGGGGUCUCUCUGCACAAGGCUGUUGUGUUUUUAGUGGUGCUAUCUUCAGUCCCGCACACUCCUGUUAACAAGAACCUCAGGAAGAGCAGCAGCAGCAGGAGUAGAGCAAGUCGGGGCGCCUGGUGUCAUGACCAGGGCAAGCAAGCGAAACCACCCGGGAGGAUGCUGCGGAUCCUUCACAAACUACCUGACCUCUGCAAAAUUCCUCCUCUAUCUUGGUCAUUCUCUAUCUACUUGGGGAGAUCGGAUGUGGCAUUUUGCAGUGUCUGUGUUUCUGGUAGAACUCUAUGGAAACAGCCUCCUCUUGACUGCAGUCUAUGGGCUGGUGGUGGCAGGAUCUGUGCUGGUCCUGGGAGCCAUCAUCGGUGAUUGGGUGGAUAAGAAUGCCAGACUUAAAGUGGCCCAGACUUCCCUGGUGGUACAGAAUGUUUCGGUCAUCCUGUGUGGAAUUAUCCUGAUGAUGGUUUUCUUACAUAAAAAUGAACUUCUGACCAUGUACCAUGGAUGGGUUCUUACAUCCUGCUAUAUCUUGAUCAUCACUAUUGCAAAUAUUGCAAAUUUGGCCAGUACAGCAACUGCAAUCACAAUCCAGAGGGAUUGGAUUGUUGUUGUGGCAGGAGAAAACAGAAGCAAAUUAGCAGAUAUGAAUGCCACAAUACGCAGGAUUGACCAGCUAACCAACAUCUUGGCCCCUAUGGCUGUUGGCCAAAUUAUGACAUUUGGCUCUCCUGUCAUUGGCUGUGGUUUCAUUUCGGGAUGGAAUUUGGUAUCCAUGUGUGUGGAAUACUUUCUCCUCUGGAAGGUUUACCAGAAAACUCCUGCUCUAGCUGCGAAACCUCCUCCUAAAGUAGAGGAAGCUGAAUUGAAACAGCUGAAUUUACACAAAGAAACUGAGCCAAAACCCCUGGAGGGAACUAAUCUACUGGGUGAGAAAGACCCUAACAUCCCUGAGCUUGAAGCUGAACAAGAGCCAAGCUGUGCCUCCCAGAUGGCUGAGCCCUUCCGCACCUUCCGAGACGGCUGGGUCUCCUAUUAUAACCAGCCAGUGUUUCUGGCAGGCAUGGCUCUUGCUUUCCUCUAUAUGACUGUCCUGGGCUUUGAUUGCAUCACCACAGGGUAUGCCUACACUCAGGGGCUGAGUGGGUCCAUCUUGAGUAUUUUGAUGGGUGCGUCAGCCAUAACUGGAAUAAUGGGAACUGUGGCUUUUACGUGGCUUCGUCGAAGAUGUGGCUUGAUCCGGACUGGCCUGAUCUCAGGAUUUGCACAGCUCUCCUGCUUGAUCUUGUGUGUGAUCUCCGUGUUCAUGCCUGGAAGCCCCUUGGACUUGACUGUAUCUCCUUUUGAAGAUAUCCGAUCUAGGUUCAUUCAAACAGAGCCCAUGCCUGUACUUACACCCACAGAAACACCUGACAUCACCCUUACAACUGAAAUGCACAUGUCAAAUGAAUCUAACCCUGAUAAUACUUUCUCAGCAAUGACUGCUAACUCUGAGUCCUUGAUCUCUGUCAGUCUGCUGUUUGCGGGUGUCAUUGCUGCUAGAAUCGGUCUUUGGUCCUUUGAUUUAACUGUGACACAAUUGCUGCAAGAAAAUGUAGUUGAAUCUGAAAGAGGCAUUAUAAAUGGUGUACAGAACUCCAUGAACUACCUUCUCGAUCUUCUGCAUUUCAUCAUGGUCAUCUUGGCUCCCAAUCCUGAAGCUUUUGGUUUGCUCGUAUUGAUUUCUGUCUCCUUUGUGGCAAUGGGCCACAUCAUGUAUUUCCGCUUUUCCCAAAAAAUGCUGGGCAACAAGCUUUUUGUUUGUGGUCCUGAUGAAAAAGAAGUUUCAAAUGAAACUCAAAUUAAUGCAUCUGCAUCUGAUGUGUAAGACAGUUAUGCUGUUGCUAUCCCUGUUACAAGAUUCUAUAAAGCACAUUGUACUUAUUUUGUAAUUCAGAUUUCCAGUAAAAGUCUGGGUGUUUCUCUCUGGUUUUACCAUAGCUAUAUGCUGAGGGCUAAAGCUAUUUAGUAAGCAAAGUCAGUAAAAAUGGAUUGGUUUAGUCCCACAUUUAUAGAAAAAUAAAAAAAAAAAGGAAAGAAAAACUUAGUUUCAAUAUGGAGACUAAAAUGGCCACAAUAAUAUUCCCUAAAUAGAUAAAAUUUUACAUAAAAAAAGAGUGGUUAGUCACGUGAAUUAAGUUAUUUGGCAGAUAAUUAUUAUUUGACAGGACUUCAGAUGUCACUUUUCCCUGAAAUUCAUUCCUGUUCAAGCAAGACACUUUUUUUGGUGUCUUAUUCUCAGUUACAUUGUAAAAACAAAUUCUGCUCCAAGUGUGAAGAUUGAACCUUGAUAACUAGUAUGGCCCUUAUUGAUCCUAUCGAUCUUUUAAGGGAUUUACAUACUUAGUUAGAACUUUAAAGAGUGCCUUCAUAUUUUUCUUAUCAGACAGGGCAAACUAUUAUAUUAAGCAUAUGUAGUACUUCAUAAAAUGGCUUAUCAUGUUAGCUUCAGGUAGAAGCAAAGCUGUAAAAUAGAUUUAUAACAGUGAAUAAUGUGGACUUCAAAUAUGCCAAUAGAUGGGUAAAAUCUGAAUCCUACUCAUACAGCACUGUCAUUAAGGAUCUCUGUCUUGGAAUAUGAGGGGGUAAGGCUUUCAGGCUGGCAUGUUCAACAUAGGAAGCGAGCCUGCACUUGGAAAGGUCUUGUUUCAUAAAUCAUUUGAUUUACUUUUAACAUGCUUGCCCAGGUAGAGCAUUUUUACUUUUACUAUUUUGUACCCAGGGGUUAUUUUUACAUAGUUGUAGAGCAAGUCUUUCAAAUGUCUAAGAAAAGUAGUUUUUUUUUUUUUUAAAAAGUUUUUGUAAAUAUUUUUAAGAACUGUUUUACAAGUCAUUUUGCAACAUGCCUGUACCUACAUGGUACUUUGCCUUAACUGUUUAUGCACUUUCAUGGAGACUGCAAUAAGAUGCUGUGAGCACUUUCUUUCUUCUUGAUGUUUAAUCUUUUUCUUCUUUCUGUAGUAUGACAUAAUGAUUUGCUAUGUUGUAAAAUCUUUGUAAAAAUAUUUCUAUAUAAAAGCAUUUUUAAAAUCUUGA